UUGUUUCUCUUCCUGGUUCCAACAACAAUGGCGGCCGUGGCUCGGUUCUUGCAGAGAAGUGCAGGCUCUUGCAAAGCCACUAUCCACAAUAUCAACAGUGUUUUGCUCUGCCGAUUUGGGGGUGUGUCGCUUAAACUGGUCCCCAGUUGUGAUUCCCAUUUGAAAAUACAGAAACGGCAUGCUGCCCACUUCACUUUUCAGGCUGACCCAACACCAACUCAGCAUGGUCAGACCCAAAAAAUGAAUUUUUUCCAAUCAAUAACGAGUGCCUUGGACAACACCCUUGCCAAUGACCCCACUGCAGUCAUCUUUGGAGAAGAUGUUGCUUUUGGAGGUGUCUUCAGAUGCACUGUUGGUUUGCGAGAUAAAUACGGCAAGGAUAGAGUCUUCAACACUCCACUCUGUGAGCAGGGAAUUGUUGGCUUUGGUAUAGGAAUUGCAGUAACAGGUGCCACUGCAAUUGCAGAAAUCCAGUUUGCAGACUACAUCUAUCCUGCUUUUGACCAGAUAGUCAAUGAAGCUGCAAAGUACCGGUACCGCUCUGGCAACCUGUUUGACUGUGGCAGCCUGACUAUCCGAGCACCCUGGGGCUGUGUGGGGCACGGCUCGCUGUAUCACUCUCAGAGCCCCGAGGCCUUCUUCGCACACUGUCCGGGACUAAAGAUUGUUAUACCCAGAAGUCCUGUUCAAGCCAAGGGCCUUCUGCUGUCGUGCAUAGCAGACAACAACCCCUGCAUAUUCUUUGAGCCGAAGAUCCUCUACAGAGCUGCAGUUGAACAAGUGCCCGUGGAGCCAUACCAGACCCCGCUGUCUCAAGCCGAGGUGCUGCGAGAGGGAAGUGAUGUUACACUGGUCGCCUGGGGGACACAGGUCCAUGUUAUGAAGGAAGUCGCAAAUAUGGCGCAGGAGAAGCUUGGAGUCUCGUGUGAAGUCAUAGACCUGCAGACGAUUUUGCCAUGGGACACGGAAACGGUUUGCAAGUCUGUAGCGAAGACUGGGAGACUCCUUAUCAGCCAUGAAGCUCCAGUAACAGGAGGAUUUGCUUCUGAGAUCAGUUCCACUGUACAGGAAGAAUGCUUUCUGAACCUCGAAGCCCCUAUUACCAGAGUGUGUGGAUAUGACACGCCCUUUCCUCACAUUUUUGAGCCCUUCUAUAUACCUGACAAAUGGAAAUGUUUUGAUGCUGUUAAGAAAAUGAUAAACUACUAAUGAAAGGGCUCUGAGGACACUGAAGGAAAGCUUCGACACAUUUUGUUCUGGUAAUUAAUUUCAUCAAGGAACUCAUCUACAUACUGACAGAUAUAGUCCAUCUCUCAUCUCAAGGGAUCUUACAGAGUUGUAUGGAAGAGCUGGCAGACUGGCCAAGAUACCAAGAAACCACCAGACAGGAUGAGCGUGGACUUUCAUUAUCACUACACUGCAUCAGAUGAAACAUAAGCUCUUUCGGAAGCAUUCUUUAUGAAGUCUGUAGAAUUGGUAAAUUAGAAUUUAUUUUGUUGAUUUGUAAGUGGCUGUAUGAACAAUGGAUAUGCAGGAGAAUUUGAAUUGAAUAAAAUGCUCAAACUUUGAAAUUUAAAUUGUGUUAUUUGUUCUACAUACUGUAUGUAAAGACAGUAAAACCUUAAUACAUUUUCAAUAGUUUUAAUGUAUCAUUGGCAUAUAUUAUAUGGGACAGGAGAAUCAUGUAUUUCUCAAUGCCUAAAAAUAAAGUAGUAAAACUUA